AUGCAUAAGCUCAUAGUGCUUCGCCAUGGAGAGAGCCAAUGGAACCACGAAAAUAAGUUCUGCGGAUGGAUCGAUAUUCCCUUGUCAGCGAAGGGAGAGAGAGAGGCCCAGCACGCUGGAGAGCUUCUAAAGAAAUAUAACAUCAAGCCCGAUGUCAUGUUCACCCUGAUGCUUCAGAGACUGAUCAAGACAGGGAACAUCAUUUUGGAGGUAAUUGGCCGUAUGUGGAUUCCGCAGCAUAAGCUGUGGAGACUCAACGAAAGACACUACGGUCUGUUCCAAGGACGAGACAAGACAGAGGUAUUUAAGGAAUUUGGCAAAGAAAAGUACCAAUUUUACAGACGAAACUACGACGGAGUACCUCCAGCAACGGGGAGUGUCAACAACGAUGACUCCAUUGACGAGAGGUACAAAUUCAGCGAUAUUCCCGUGGAGCAAUUGCCCCAGGGCGAGCUGCUUAGGAUGACAAUGAAGAGGGUGGUGCCAUACGUUGAGGACAUUGUGAAGCAUGAGAUAUUGGAGCAGGAAAGGGAGGUGCUCAUAGUGACCCACGGCUCCAUAGUGAGGAGUCUCAUCAAGCAUUUUUGCAAGGUCAGCGAUGAAGCUAUCAGCAAGAUCAAUGCGCCCACAGGAGUGCCAUUGGUUUUUGAGUUGGAUGAGAGGGGCCGCUUGGCCAAAGAAAUGUACUAUCUAGAUGAGGAGUUGGCCAAGAAGGGUAUAGAAAAGGUGGCCAUGGAGGGCCACGCAAAGCUUUGA